CACACCCCUUCCCUUCUACUUCUAGCACCUUAAAAACAUGGAAACUCAACAUGUUCACAAGAUCUUCAGUGCGGCAUGACGUCCUUGCUGUUGGUGGCAUUCAUGGCCACAAUUUCAGUUGCUUCACUGGACAGUCGGACAUACAUUGUUCGCAUGGACGAGUCCAAGAUGAAAACCUCCUAUCCUUCUGCUGCUAAUUCCAAAGGAAUGUUUGGAGAAAUGCUUGAUUCAAUUUCCCAACUCUCCACUGAUUCAGAAGCAACAUCACCUCCCCGCCUACUUUAUGCAUAUGACACUGCAAUCUUUGGUUUUGCUGCCAAGCUUUCCCCUAUGCACCUAGAAUCAAUAAGAAACUGUUACAAUAUAAUGCUGAAAUGAGUUUUUGCUUUGGUGUCAAUUUCUUUGCUUAGCUGUCAAUUUCUGGUUUACGUGUCUUCAAGAUAAAUUGCAGGAUUAGUUGAUUAUUUGACAGAGUCCAAGUUUGUUAUUUAGUCUUUACUUAGUGGAGUAUGGUUCCUUAUUUUUAGAGAUAAGAUUAGUUUCCUUUUUUCAGAUCAUGUAGUCAUCGUGUCCUUGUAUUGUGCAAUCUGUUGCUCUACAUUUUCUAUUUAAAUGGGCACAGAUCAGUUGAAUAAAUUCUCAAUUCA